AUGGAAGAUAGUGCAAAAGAGGAGCCAGCCCGGAGAAAAGAGCCCAAGUUCCUGGGUAAGGAGGGCUGGGUGAAGAAGGCCCCCGGCAGACUGUUGGCCAGCUACAAGGAGCGCUACGUCCAUGUGGAGAAGACGGAGAUCGUGGUGUAUGACAAUGAGGAUCUGAAGAACUGCUUAGAGAGGCUUGACCUGGAGAACUAUGAUAAAUGUCACGAAUUAAAGAGUCCCUUCAAGAAGAAGCACAGACUGAUACUGAUCCGCUCCUCCAAGCCCGGAAAUAAG